AUUUUAGUAUCAGAUUUUAUGCAUUUCAAAUAAAAUGAUAUCCUUAGAACUGGUGAAUUGUGCAGGAUUUUGGAUAGUUCAUAAUGUUUAAAGGAUAGAUAAUAAAUUUAUAAUUCUCUAUUCUGACACAUCGCAAAUUUGAUUCAAUUAAUAAUCUUAGAUUUCAAACAUAAUAAAGGUCGUUAUAAUUUGCUUAUGAUUACAUGUAUAUGGUGUGUGCAUGUUUGAACAAGUGUUUUGAGUAGGUGUAAUGGCAAGACGAAAGAAAAUCCAAAACCCCAAACAAGUAAAGUGGUCUUAAUCGUCUAUGAAAAAAGCAGUAAAAAUUCAAUCUGAUUAAAAUAAGAUCUUUGAUCCGCUCCGUUAUUGUUAUGUCGCUACACAAAGAUCUGAAGACAUCCCGUGUGGGGUCACGUCGGUGUCAACUUUGGUUUGGCCAAUCAAAUCGUCACUGCUUACAUCUUUGGAUGUAAAAGUAAAUAACGGUAAGCCUCGAAAAGUUCCGAAUGUUUAAACUUCCGAAUGAAAAAACAAAACAUGGCAGCGCCAGUUGGAACACAUGGGAGUACUCGGACUACCCCACGAAAAGUCUAUCCUCUGGGGAACAUUUGCCUUAUCUGUGGGUUUUCAUUUGUGAGCAAAUCUGUUGACACUGAUGGCAACAUUAAAAUCAACAAAUACCUGGACAAAAAACUCCGACUUUCCACGGACCGAAUGAAAGUUUUGAAAGAUGUGUGCGGAAUUUCGGAUAGUGUGGUAUAUCCAACUGACACAGGUGUGUGUCAGAAGUGUUUCAGAAGUACCGAAAGAGUAUUAAAACUGGAAAAGGAAGCAGCAACUAUGAGGGAAUCUUUUAAAGCAUCUGUUCAACUCACACUGCAAAGGUUUAAUGUUUGUGUGCCUUCCCCCUCUAAAAGAUUCAUAGAAAAGAGAGAAAUAAGGAGCCCAUUUAAAGAAAAUACAGAUGUGAAGAGGGUUCGACCAGAUGAUCCACUGUUAGUACCUAUCAGAAGGGUAAUGCCCGUGAAGCUGGUACAACUCCAGCCUGCCAGCGCUAAUGUAAUUGUGAACAAAGCACGACGCUCUCUUGGUGGGGACUUUUUGAAACAGGUUGCCAUUAAGGUAACCAACAAAAAGUAUCCCAAGAUUUCCUCGACAAGUGCCUUCCAAGAGAAUUGGAAAACCACUCCAAACUUAACUCCCAUAAACACGUGACUGCAUAGAGUUAAUAAAGAAGAUGCUGCAAUUGGCACCAAACCAUCGUCCAUCUAUCCGAGAGGUACUGGAGGAUCCUUGGUUAAAUGGAAGUGAACCAACUCGAAGACAACUGAAUCGUUCCAAAUGGGAGGCG